AUGAAUCAGGAUGUUGUGUUCGAUUCGAUACAGGAUUUUUUGGAAUUUCAUGUGGAAGCGGAAGAAAUGCGGCGACCGAUUCGAAGAGUUUAUAUUUUUCAUUAUGAGUGGGAUGGAUGGAUUCUUUCCAGAUUUUAAUAGCUACUAAUGGGAUCGCAGCAAUCAAGGCAAUGCAGUCGAUACGUAGUUUCUUGCUCUGCACUUUCCGAAACAGUAAACUCGUUAAGUUCAUUUGCAUCGCUACAACUGAUGAAAUGUCAUCGAGUUCAGGUUCCUUUAAUGGAAAUUUUGCGAAAAAAAAAGACUUGUUCAGAAUAUCUGAAAUUCGCCGACGUCAUAGUUUUCUCGCCAGCCGGCUCCAAUAAAUGCAAUUUCGCCAAUGUUGAAGAAAUCGUCUCCCACGCCAUAGAAAAUCACGUUUUUCCCGAUUUUUAAUGUUUCAAAAUUUUCCGAUUAAGGCAGACGCAGUUUGGGCCGGCUGGGGUCACGCGUCGGAGAAUCCAUCGCUUCCAAGAAAGCUGAAAGAAAAUGGAAUAGCUUUUAUGGGACCUUCGAGCGAGGCGAUGUUCUCGUUGGGUGACAAAAUUGCCAGUACCAUUUUUGCGCAGGUUCUCUUUUUUAGAGGCUAUCAUAUGUUUUUUUUGCACUUUUAAAGUUUUCAUGAACUUAUGAUGGUUUUUUAGUUUUUUCACCCAGUUUUUAAUUUUUUUUUUUAAUGAGAUAUAAAACUUUGCUUGAGUGUAGAGGAAGUCGGUCACAAUUUCUAAAAAUUCAGAAAAAAAAAUUGAUAAGGGUAUUCUUUUUCUUUGACGAAAAAAAUUGAGUCCGAACUUUCGAACUUUUUUUUUUCAAAAUCUUCUGUUUUCACUGUAGUUAUUGAAUACGCAGGAGUAUUCCAUUGUCUAAAAUUUCAUUGACUUAAUACUAUGAAUAAUUCAAAGCAUUUUCAAUUGUUCCAUAAGGGUCUUUCGAUCAAAUUACUCUUUAAUUAAUUCUUUUUCGUUGCUCUCAAUUCAUGUUCUAAGAAAAAUAAUCAACAGUCCCUCAACGUGCCGACGAUCGAAUGGUCAGGAAGUGGCGUUGUCGUCGAUUUGGACAAAAUUACCGAUAAACUUGAUUUAUUUCAACUCGAUCAUCAUCUUUUCGAAGAAGCGGUUGUUCGGGACUGGAAACAUGGCGUUCAAGUUAUUCAGAACAAAGGAAUUGGAUUUCCGUUGAUGGUGCGUCGGAAAAAUCCAAUAAAAUAAUAAUUUUUUUCUAGAUAAAAGCGUCAGAGGGCGGUGGCGGAAAAGGGAUUCGGAAAUGCACAAAAAUUGAAGAAUUCAAAGAACUUUUCGAGCAGGUUGCUCAAGAAGUUCCGGGAUCCCCGAUCUUUUUGAUGAAAUGUGUUAAUGGAGCACGACAUUUGGAGGUCCAACUUGUCGCCGAUCGGUUUUUAAUUGAUUCUUGGGGUGUUAUUGUGUAUUUUUGCGUAGAUACGGGACGAUAUUACCUCUGCAAACGCGAGAUUGCUCGAUUCAAAGACGGUGUCAGAAAGUGAUCGAAGAGGCGCCGGCUUCUCUGGCCCCGUCGGCGAUUUGCGAGGCCAUGCAGAGGGUGCUUUUAUCAGAAUUGAGAACUUGAACUGAAUAACGGCAUGCUGGAAAAGUCGGUCAGAGUGCUCCCUAUAGGGACAUGCUACUCGAUAAUUUUUAUGAACUCUAUGCGAAGAAGAAAUUCCAUGGGAAACUGAAUAAAAAUCGUUUUUGAAUGAAAUUGAAAGACUCCUAUAGGGUCCACUUGAGCUUUAGGGACUAAGGGGUCAGUUCCUGAACCCUUUAAGGAACCUUCUUUAUUUUUUACCAUUAUAGGGAGCACUUUUUUUAGGCCUCUAUAAGGGCUCUUUCCCCCCUCCUAACUCCUAUAAGAAUCACUCUAAAAUCCUAAGUUCGGUUCUAUAUGACGCUUAUUUUUUCAAGUUUUUCGAAAUUUGAAAAUUUUUUUAGGCUUUAUCAAGGUUUUAACAGUUUUAAAGUGCGCAUUUUUGUAUAUUAUAACCUGUUUCGAAGUCCGUUUUCAAAAACUCUGGUCAUUUAGUUUACAAAAAUUCACUUUUUUUUCGUAUUUUGCCAAAAAAUGCUCUCAAACCUUGAAGAACACUAUUUUGCAAGCCACAUAUUUCGAUUUUUAGAUUAAGUUAAAAAAUUUUUUUUGUAAAAAAAUCUCUCAUUUUGUGCCGCCUAUAGUUGCUUUUUCAAAAUUUAAAACCUAACCAAAAUAGAGAAUUCUACCUAUUUUUGGACACUCAAAAUUUUUUUAAACUAAAAAAACUUCGAAAUUUUUUUAAAAAAAAUAGGCAUUUUAAAAAAAUCGACCGAACUGACCGACUUUUUCCAGCAUGCCCAAAAUACAGACCAAUUUUUUCAAUGCCCAAAUUUUCAUAAAGAAACAUUAUUGUUUUACAGGACGCUGUUAAAAUUGCCAGUCUCUUUGGUUAUGAAUCAGCUGGCACAAUCGAGUACCUUUAUCUGCACGAACAGCAAAAAUAUUAUUUUUUGGAGUUGAAUCCACGAUUACAGGUCAUUCAGUUAUUCAUUUUACAUUUUUUAGUUCUCUAGAUUUUUCAUUUAACGCCUUUUUUCUUAUUAUUUAGUUUCAAGGUUGAGCAUCCUUGUACGGAGAUGUUGGUCGACGUGAAUAUCCCAGCCAUGCAACUUCAAAUUGCGAUGGGAGUACCGCUUCAUCGUGUCAAGAGUAUUCGUCGUCUUUAUGGUCCUCAUUUAUGAUUUUUAUUUUUGGAUCAUCGAAAAUUCAAAUUUAAAAGAGGAGAGAUUCAUAUUGACUUGACACUGUGUUAUAAAAAAAAUAAUAAAUUAUCUCUGACUCUUCAAAAAUUAAGUUAUAUUUUUUUCUUUCUCUGACGGCUAUUUUUAGAUUUCGCAAAAAUCAUUAAAUACUAGAAAUCAGGCUGUUUCGAUGAAGCAUAUUCUAGAUUUUGAGAUAAUUUUUGCUUGGAAGUUGGGUUUCGGUCACAAGUUCCCUAUAAGGAAUUCAAUCUUUCUGAAACUUCCUGUAUUUGAGAUUAUUUUUAACACCCUGAUGGAGUUUCAGUUCACAGAAAAAAAGCACCUUCAGAAACUUUCUGGAAGAUUGAAUUCCUUACAAGAAAAACGUGACCGAAACCCCUUUUUUGUAACUUUUCUGACGUUACUGUACAUAUAGAAAAUUAAAUGUAGCAUUUAAAGAAAUUUUGAAAAGUGGAAAGUUGCAUUUAUCACUUUUAUUAGUCCUUUUUUUCAAUAUGAGGGAAUAUCUCUAUUAUUGGCUUUUUAGUACGUCAUCACAAGUGUGAAAUAAUUAUUUUCAAAUUUUUUUGUUCCUUUUGAGAUUACAGAAAACCGUUUCAGAGCUUCCUCUGAACGGCGACUGCGGUUUGCCGCGUGACGUUGUGCUGCCCCUGAAACGGAAGCGAUUCGUCGUCGCCGCCAGAAUCACUUCUGAGAAUCCCGACGACUACUUCAGACCGUCGACCGGACUCGUCCGAACCCUCAACUUCCGCUCUUCCCAGGACGUCUGGGGCUACUUUUCCGUCUCCGCUGGCGGCAGAGUCCACGAAUUCGCCGACUCUCAGUUUGGCCACGUCUUUGCCAGAGGCGAUACGAGGUCUUUGUUUGAACGCAAAAAAAAAAUUAUUUAAAACCGGAUCCGCCAACGGUGCGUCCCGCGGUUUGACCCGCAAUAUUGAAAAUGAGGAAGAAUGUAGAAAAAAUUAAGGAAAACUGGGUCUUUCGACAAUAUGACCUAAAAGAAGGAAAAAUGGUAUUUCGAGAACCCCAUGGGUUCUUGAGGGCCCUAGAUGGUUAUUUAUGGAAAAGGGGCCUCUCAAAACAAUGAAAAACUACUUUAACCGAUUCUGAACAUUUUGAGUCGAGAUAACAGUUUUUGAAGUUUCAAUUGGUAAAAUUGACACAAAAUAAGGAAAAAUUCAGUUUUCAAGAGGGUCUUGAGGGUUCUUGAAGAUUUCAUAUGAAAGAUGACCCUCUGCAUACUAUAAAAAACUUUACUAUACCCGAUUCUGAGCAUUUUGAGCCGAGAUAACAAUUUUUGAAGUUUCAAGUGGCAAAAUUGGCGCAAAACAAGGAAAUGUCGAUAUUUAGAGAACCUUAUGGGUUUUUUAGGUAUCAGAUGUUUUUUUAAAGAAAUAGGACCCUCUGAACAGGAUAAAAAAAACUUUACUAUACCUGAUGCUAAGCCUUUUGAUCCGAGAUAACAAUUUUUGAAGUAUUUAGUGGAAAAAUGGACACAAAGUAAGGAAUAAUCGAUAAUUCGAGAACCUUAUGGGUCCUUGAGGGUACCAGAUGGUUAUUUAUGGAAGAGGGCCCUUUCAAAACGAUAAGAAACUUUAUUUUACCCGAUUCUGAGCAUUUUGAGGCGAGAUCACAAUUUUUGAAGUAGGAAGUGGUAAAAUUGACACAAAAUAAGAAAAACCCGAUAUUUUGUGAGGGUCUUAAGAGUUCUGCUACCCGACGUUUACAUUCUUCAAAAACCUUAAAAUUAUCAGACACGAAGCCAUUUCGACGAUGAUUUCCACCCUGCGGCACAUGGAGCUCAACACGGCGUUCUCCAACCAAGUCCGAUAUCUCAUCGAGCUUCUGAAUGACCCGACGUUUGCGAGGAAUCGUUUCCACACCCAGUGGUUGGAUAUGCGCAUUUCGGCAAAGUUCAAAGCGGUUUACCUUAUUAUUUAAUUCAGUACUUUUUCAAAAAUUUAUUCAGAAAGAGGAGCACAGCCUGAGUGAGACGAUCGCCAUUAGCGGCGCCGUCAUCGGCCACGCGAGAGUCAAGAAAGCUUUCGAGGAUUUCAAAGCGACGAUUUCGAGAGGCCAAAUUUUGCCUCCUACCAAUUUGACGGAGACUGUUAGCUUGGAUCUCGUCAAGGAGAGGAUCGCUUACAAGGUCCUCGAAUUUCAAUCAAAUCGUUUAUUUUGUUGUUUUAGUCAUGGAUGUAAUUGACUAGGCGGUGAACAAGAACUUUAAAAGCUAUAACAACAACCGCCUUUUGCGAAAUAGAAGUCCAAACGUGUAGUCGAAAGAGUUGAAAGCAUGGUCUUACGGUCCUUCGUCUCGUCCUUCUGCGCGUAGUUCAUCCAGUUGCGCCUUGACGAGCUCAGAAUGUAGCGGAUGGUGUAGCUGGAGCCCGAAGACUGUGCUCUAGGUGGAAGCCUCAGAAUGAGAGCGAUCACUUCGAGUCUCAACACGGAAUUUCAUGGAAUUUUUGCAUAAUGAAACGUUAUUUUUGUCGUUUUCCGAUGAGAUUCAAAAUCGCAUUUAUAUCAUCAUAGGCAAAGUCGAAAAAGGCUUUAUAAAAAUGUUAUUUUUUUGCUGCCCUUUUGCGCCAUUUCAUCGACCCUUGUGCACCAUUUUUGCUGCCUCUCCCUAUAGCCUUUAAAAUUCUAGAAGGCUCGAUAGAUGACUCUUUUCGCUGCCUUUCUGCGGCCUGUUUUGAUUUUUUUCUUUUUAGCGGUUAUUUUUCACUACUUUGACCGAGAUAGAAGUUUUAUUCUUUAAGAAGAAAAAAUAAUACUACGGAAAAAAAGGGAUAUUUUUUUGUGUUAAUAAAAAGCAGUGAAUUCAAAUUUAUUGUGGUAAUAGGAUAAUUUUGCAUCUCUUCGAUUUAAUCGAGAUGAGAAGUCAAGGAAAAAAAUAAUCAGAACAGCUAUGAAACUUUUGGAAGAACCACAGUUGUAGCUGAUAUUGGUGAAGAUGAAAACUUUGAAUUUAGAUUCCUUUAUUUGAAUAUUACUUCAAUAUUUCUUUAAAUCUUUUGUUAUAACUUCAAUUUCUCAGGUAGUCGUCACUCGAUGUUCUCCAACUGAGUACAUGGUUGCACUAAACGAGCGAAGAACCCAAGUAACCAUCGUCACUCUGGGCAACGGCAAGCUUCUGGUCACCUAUGGUGGUCAUUCGUUUCAAUGUGGACUCGAAGAAACUACGGACUCUUUCAAAGUUGAACUGGCCAUGUUCUGAUCACCUGAAGAAGAAUUCAGGUCACAAUCGGAGCCUUCAUUGCCAGUUUUGAAAAGGAUAACGAUCCGACCGUCUUGAAGUCACCUUAUACUGGAAAAUUGCUGUCCUACAAAAAGGAUAGUGAAGCCUGGAUCGAUGUCGGCGAAACCUUUGCUACUAUCGAGUCGAUGAAACUUGUCUUCAAUGUGGAAAUUCGAAAUGUUCCUGGAAGGUUUUACUGAAUCUAAAAAAGAUUAUUUUUUGCAAAGUUGGAAGGGUGGAAUAGGCUCCAUAGAAAAUUUCCUUCUAGGGGAACAAAGGUUCCUUUUUGCUACCCUUUUGCGUCAUUUUCUAAGCUCUAAUGUAUCAUUUUUGCUGCCUCUUCCUUUUUCCAUCAUUUUUGAGCCUUUGAAAUCCCAGAAAACUUGAUAAAGGGACCCUUUUGGCUGCCUUUCUGCGGCCUUUUUGCGACCUUUCUGCGACCUUUUUUGAGCCUUUUUUGAGCUCUUUAUUUUAGCGGCCAUUCCGACUUUCCCCGAGAACUUAAUAUUCAAAAUGGUCAUUUCAAAAAGUGAAGAUAUCUUGGGGUCUAUGUAGAAAAUAUCAAUUUUUAUAUAUCCUUACAGUUUCAUACAGUUUCACCUUAAAUUUCAUUUAAACUUGUACAAAAAUAGCCAAAAAAACAAGCUAUAAUCUCUUAAAAAUAGAUCAGAAAAGUUUUGAUUAUUAUCAUUUUUUUCUUUCUUUUAUUCUAAAAAAAUAGUCAUAGGAGAGCAAAUUCAAGAUUGGUUCGAGUCGCGAAUGAAGGAGACUUGCUGUUCCCUGGGUCUGUCAUCGCCUUCAUACGAGGCGCCGAAGACGCGGCUCAGUACAGACCCACGUUGUUCGCCGAUUCGUUCAAAGAUUGGCCGCAGCCCAAAGCCGACAGCUUUGCUGAUGCUUACAAUGUUGAUUAUUUUCAUAUUUUCGUUUCAUCUUUCUCGAUUUUAGAAGUGUAAACGUGUUAUGCAUGGCUCGAUUCCCUUUGGCUGUGAAAAAGAAGUCGAGGCAGCUUUCCAGGGGCUUUUCCACUUUCUGAACAGCUCACGACUCUCCGAACUCGUCCUCAAGGUCUCAUCGUUUGGACAAUCCAAAAAAGUAGGAAGUUCCAGCCCCUCUAUGAGAAUUUCAAAAAAUCGGCCCCCGAAGUGAUUCGUAUGUCUUUGGAUUUCGAGUUUAAUGGGUCGGACGAGGAUGCGAUUGAGCUCCAGGUUAGUCUUCCCUCUCCUUUCUUGAAAAUGAAACAAAUUUCAGAAACUAGUGAAAGAUACGAAUGUCCACACGGACGCAGCGAAAAGACUGCUCGAACAGUGCGAACACUUCUGUGGCGGGAAUAAUUCCUUCAUCAGCGACACAAUUUCUGAGCUCAUUUCUCUGUACAUUGGCUGUGAGAAGCACUUUGAUGGCAGAACCUACGAUGUGGCUGUCAACAAGUUGCGACAGGAGGUGCUGACAAAUAAUUGGAUCGAUUAUUUUGGGAAAAACAAUGCAGGAGAAAAUUAUGUAGUCAAAACGGAUCACGUUGGAAUGAGAAAAUUAGGAGCAUUUCAGGCUUCUUUUGAAAAUGAAAAGGGCGUUUCAUUUUUAAUUCUUGAAUCUCGUGGUUUUAUGACUAUGACCUCGCUAAUAAUACUAAUAAAACAGAAGUUAACAAAAUUUAAGCACUAACAAUCAAGUUUCAUUUCGAUAUUGCAGCCCUACAUGACAAGUUUUCGUACAAGUGUGAGCUGGAUUUUUUAAAUUAAAUUUAGCGAAAACACGAAAAAGCCAUUUGUGUCGAACAAACGACCUUUUCUGUAAUUUUUGCACCCGCUUUUUUAGUAUUUUAUACACAAGCAAAGACCUCAAAAAGGCCUUUAAAAAAGAGUCUAAAGCUCCUUUUUAAGUAUCUGAAAAGGUGUCGCAGGUUUUUCGGAAUCUCCUUUCUUUCACCUUUUCUCCUGAUUCUUUUUUUCUCCUGAAAAGGCCCUUUUAAGAAAAAUGUCAAGAAAAAAAGACGCCUUUGAGGCCUUUUUCAAAAGUUCAUUUUGAGACCUGUUGAACUUUGCCCGUGUCGGCAAAAAACUGAUUUUGAAGCUCCUAGGUAAAAAAUGAUGACUAUGUCGUCUCGAUGAUCUACGCGCACAUGAAGUUGGCCGGAAAGAACAAACUCCUGUCCCAGCUGAUCCAGCAAAUCGUCGAACUGCGAAACCGGCCAGGCUUCGUCACGGCCAAAUUGCGCGACCGGCUACGAAUGCUAGACCAUCUCGGUCAUGCUCCGGAAGUCGUCUCGGAGGCCAGGAGAGCUCUCUACGAAAUGUCCUGUGAUGAGGCAACGGAGCAGUUGUUGCUUAAAGUGAUUCCAUUUAUCAUUGCUAUUGUAUUCGAUCUGAUUUUUCAAAGUUUUGACUCUUCUGUUAAAAGACUUGCUAUAGCUGAUUCACGGCUGGCUUGAGCGAUCAAAAAGAGGGUCCUACGAUAAUAAGAGAGUGUCUAAUUGGUGGAGAGCGCAGACAGGCCACGCCCUUUUGCGUCUCAAGUUAGCCGUGAUGCAGCUAUAAUUCAGAGCUUGUGCAUUGGGAUUCCGAAUCUUCUUAUAGGCUUUUUUUGGGAGUUAUCCGCUUCACACUUUUUUGAAAAUUACUCUUCCAGCCCGGGUCCCUGACUGAACGACAGUUGGAAAUCUACAGCUUGCCUGAAAAGUCAGAAAAAGUGUCCAGCCCCAAGUCCUCGAUCCACGUUUACCAACUAGCUGAUGGACGUGGAAUGGCCAAGCUUUUCCUCCGACAAAUUGCGUCUCUCACAGAACCUAUCGAUUCCAAUGAACAGACGUACAUUUAACGUUCUCAUCAGCUUAUCUCAAAGUUUUCUAGCAUCGCCAAAAUAAAAUCUGUGAUGUUCUACGUCCUGGAUGAUGCUUGCAGCGCUGCGAACAUGUUUUCCUACGGCAAAAAGUUGGUCUCUAACUUUUCUCUCUUUAUUUCAAAGUUUUCAGGAAAAACUUUGUCGGGAGUAGUGUGUUCAUCUACCUGCGGACCCCGUAUUCAGAAGAAAUUCCAGGCGACUGUGUGAAAAUACUGAAAAAUGCCAUUGAUCAACAAGUUCGCAAGCAGAAGUCUGCCCUGAAGCGACACCAUAUCAAUGAAGUUUCCUUCAAAUCAAUCAACUUGAGUUUCAAAUGUCAUAUUCAGGUUGAAAUCGUGUUUGCAAAAAUCUCAAAUCGAACUCGUGUCCUAAAUGUCAGGUUGGAAUAUUCAUUGGAAGUGGGCCAAGCGAUCCAACACAGUUCGAGAGAAGUUGAAGCGAUUCCCGAGAAGAAUGUAAGCUUUUUCGUUCUUAAUGAAUUUUAAAAGAUUUCAGGGUGCCCCCCUGACGCCGUCAAAGUCGGGCAAAGAAUUCUCCUUCAAAAGCAUCGAGAGGAAAAGAAUCAACCUGCGGUUAUCAUUAUUAUCAUUUUUCUCGUUAAAAGCCACAUUUUUCAGCUCAAUCGGAACCACUUAUGUUUACGAUUACUUGGAACUUUUCGGACAUGCUUGCUUGGACUCUUGGAAGAGCUUCUAUGCGAACUGCAAAGAAGCCAACUCGCCACAGCUUUUCAAGUCGCGACUCUCUUUGCUGCCCAAAGAGAGGAAGAAGGCUUAUGAGAAAGGCUGUGGCCGAGGAUUGAUCAACGCCGUGGAGAUCGUGAUGAGGGUGUGCUUGAGAGUUUGAAUUUGAAAAAAAAAAAUAGCAUCGCAUAGUUAUACGAACCGAUAAUCAUGUAGGAGAGUUAAAUUCAAAUUCUGAAAUAAAUAAAAUACAUAUCUUUCAAAAGAAUUUUUUAUGUGUACUUAGGAACUCCAGAGUGGCCCCUAUAGGGGCAACCUGAGGCGCCCUUGGAGGUUGCCCUCUAGGGAGCACUUUACCAACCACAAUAGGGGCCACUAAAGCUUGAAAAGGUGAUCCCCCUCGGAGUUUCAGUUUCCUAUAUGAGCAACCUUAAGGGCCCUUGAAGGUCCUCUCUAAGGACCACUUUAUCAACCCCCAUAGGAGCCUGUAAACUCGCAGAAAUGGUCCCCAUGAGGGAUUUAGUUAGUGACCUCUUUAGGGGGCAUGCUAUUUGAUGAUUUUUAUGAACCCAAUGCGAAAACUAUACAAAUAACCUUUUUUGAAUAGAAUUGUAAGACCCCUAUAAGGACCACUUAAGCUUUAAAGGCUAAGGGGUCAGACCAUAAACCCCUUAUAGGGCUAUUAUCCCUCCUGACCCUUAGGGGAGCACUCUAAAAUUUUAAGUAGAAAAAAAUUUUGAGCUUACUCCGUUCUAUCGAAGUAUGAUAACUCAAUCUUUGGAAUUUCUUAUUCAGGUACUAGACUUUUAUUUAUUACCUUUAUUAUUUAGAAUGGAAAGUUUGAUUUUCUCACGGACGUCGACGAAAUGGAGCGAAGAGCCGCGAAUGGUCUCAAUGAAUGUGGGAUUGUCGCUUGGAGGCUUUGGUUAGCUUCUUUUGUAUUUUUGACUCGGAACUUUGGCAAUUCAUUUUUUUUUUCUGUUAAUUUUUGAUUCAAAUUGUUAAGUUUUUCGAACUGCAAAACAUGUGUUCAGCCUUUUUACACCGGAACGACCGAAUGGCCUGGAAAUCGUUGUCAUUGCCAAUGACAUAACGUUCCAAUUGGGAUCUUUUUCCGUUCAUGAAGACCGACUUUUUGCUUUCGCCAGCCGGCUGGCGAGGAAGCAAAAGGUUUUAUCUCGUUUUUUUCGAAAAAAAAAAGUCAUUGUUUUCCAGCUUCCCCAAGUGAAUAUUUCGUGUAACUCUGGCGCAAGGAUCGGCCUCGCUAGCGAUAUAGCCGAUCUCGUUUGCGCCCAGUUCAAAAAGUCAUCAAAAGGCGGCGGAGAAAGCGAAGAGCUCGACUACUUGUACAUUGAGGAGAUGCACGAGGACAGUGUCAAAGGACAGAUUGUCUAUGAGAAAAUGCCUGACGGCAAAUUGAAGAUCAACGCCGUCAUUGGCAAGGAGGUCGAGUUGAUCAAAAAAAUCUGUAUUUUUGAUUUAAAAUAAUUAUUGUUGUAAUAGUACUUGUGCGAUUGACGUCAAAUUUUUUGUAAGAAAUGUAGGGCUUACUUAGAAACUCUAGAGUGGUCCCUAUAGGGGCAGUCUUAGGGGGCCUUGGAGGGUUCCGUCUAGGGACCACUUUACCUACCCCUAUAGGGGAUACUGAAGCUUGCAAAAGUGAUUCCUAUAGGGGUUUUAGUUAGUGGCCCUUAUAGGGGACACGCUAGUCGACAAUUGUUAUGAACUCUAAGCGAAGAAGCACUUCCAUUGGAAAAAGGGAUAAAUAAGCGUUUUUGAAUGAAAUUAAAAGGCCCCUAUAGGGUCCACUUGAGCUUUAGGUGUUGAGAGGCAGACCCUAGACCCUUUUAGGGACCACCUUAAUCUUACCUCUAUAGAGACCAUUUUCGGCCCUAAUUUUUGGUUGUUUUUACCGCUGAUCUCUAUAGGGAGCACUCUGCAAUCCCUAAGUAUUUCCAAAAAUGAAUGAAAACGGAUCUCAUAAACUUGAACUUUUUGGUUCAAAUCUUUCCGUUUUUGACCUUCCCGGAGAGAUAUUUAUAGAAAAGAGAAAAAAUAUUUAGAGAAAGAUUUUCAGGAAGAAGCCAUUGGUGUGGAGAAUCUUCAAGGCUCGGGAUUGAUUGCCGGCGAAACGGCCAACGCCUACCACGAAGUACCAACAUACUGCUUUGUGACAGGCCGAUCGGUCGGCAUCGGAGCCUACACGGCCAGGCUGGCCCAUCGGAUCGUGCAGGCGCGAUCUUCUCACCUCAUUCUCACUGGCUUCCAAGCUUUGAACACUCUUCUUGGCCAGGAGGUGAGAAAUAAGUCGGUUAUCGGAACUUUUUUGUUUCGAGAAACUUUAUUCGUAUCACAGUUGGGUAUCAUGAAAGUUGUAUUUCGAACUUUAUUCAACUUGAAAAAAGUUAAAAGAAGCUCUUUUUAGGGUAAAAGUUCCAUGGAAAAGGUGGAACUCAACGUUUUUUCCCUCAUGCUGCGGCGGAUGACCCGCUUGAGAAAAUUUUUAUAAUUUUGAAGGACGGGUGAUCGGCGGGUGCUCCGAUGUUUUAUCCUGUUUUUUUUUUCGACGAAGCCUUCGCAGAACUAAAAAGGAUAUGGGAGCGCGUGGAACGCUCAUGUUACCGGCGCGGCGAAGUUUUCUUUUCGGGCCAAGCCUCUGGAAAAAAAAAACGGUUGAAACUUUGUGCCACGAUCGACGUCCGCUUUUAUAAAGUGAGGCCUUGGCCGGUAUUUCAAAGCCUUUUCUUCAAUAUAAGUUCCUCAUAAGGAUGGUCGUUCACACAUUCACAAGGAUACAAGAGUUAAAAAUCGAUUAUGGGAUGAGUUGUAAAAAAAAUUGACAGUACAAUUAUCAGCUCUUCAUUUUUAGGUAUACUCCUCCAAUAGUCAACUGGGCGGCGUUGAUGUAAUGCAUCAAAACGGCGUGACUCAUUCUGUCGUCGACACGGACUCGGAUGGAAUCGCUCAAAUUGUCAAAUGGCUUGGAUAUCUUCCUGUUCAGGUUUUAUACGAGUCAAAAAAAAUUUGACCGAUGUAGUUGAGAAAUCUGAUUUCCCCUUCAUCGAAUCGUUCGGCAUCGACACGAAGCUCCGCGACGUCCAACUACCCCCUGCGACAGAUCAAGGCUGCUACGACGUCCGACGGCUGAUCGACAGCGGUCCGACUGAGCCUCGCAAAGGAAUUUGCGACACGGGUUCCUUCGAAGAGAUCAUGUCCAACUGGGCCAAGUCGUUUGUGACUGGAAGAGCAAGGAUCGGCGGAAUUCCCAUCGGUGUGCUGUCCUCGGAGCUCCUCAGCACAGAAUAUGUCGUGCCGGCUGAUCCGGCCUCCACUGCGAGUCAUGCUCAGACCAUUAGAAGAGCUGGACAAGUCUGGUACCCCGAAUCGGCUUUCAAAACGGCCGAAGCUAUCAAUGACUUCAACCGUGAAGGGCUUCCUUUGCUCUUCUUGGCUUCGUUGAGAGGAUUUUCUGGAGGCCAGAGAGGUGGGAUUGAAAGAAGCGAAACGAACAAAGCUUCUUAAAAUCUCGAACCAAACCUUUUCAAAAAAUCGUUCAUAAUGAGACCGUUCACUUAAGAGAAGGAAUUUUUCAGCUUUGCUCUUGGCCUUGUAAAAUCGGUUUUUCAGUUCAUUGCCCAACUUUGAAUGUUUCAAAUCAAUUUUUACAAUAUAAGUAAGCAUUCUGAAAUCCCUGCAAAAAGAACGAAUUAAAAAAAUUGACCGUUUAUAUCUGAAUUAAAGAAUUUUCCGGCUGUUUGCACCUGUAAAUUCAAAAAAUUAAUGAUUUAAAUUUUUUUUUUCAUCAGGAUUGAGUUAUUUUUCAAGACAUGUACGAUAUGGUCCUGAAGUUUGGAGCAGAAAUCGUGAAUGCCCUUCGGAAUUAUCGUAUGCCUGUGAUCGUCUACAUUCCUCAUGGCGGCGAACUUCGUGGAGGCGCUUGGGCCGUCAUUGACAGCCAAAUAAAUCCCGGGUUCAUUCAUAUGGUUGCUGAUGAAACUUCUCGCGGAGGUCCUCCGUUAAAAAUGAUCAUCAUUCAUCUAGAAGUUCAGGAAUUCUCGAGCCCAGCGCCAUCGUCGGCCUGAAGUUUCGAAGCGAAAAGAUUGUUGAUUUCCAGAAAAGGAGCAGUGUCGAGAUGAAGAUGGUUCUGGAAAUGGUAUUAAUUACUCGGACCUUGGUAACGCGAACCGGACGUGUCGGGGAAGUUCUAGUGACCACUUUGGUAGCGUACGAACUCUUAAGUGAGCCCUAGAAUUCCUCUUGAAACUAGCACGUCCGUUUCUCGUUACCAAAGCCCGAAUAUUUAAAAUUACGGAGGGGAAGAAACGACUAAAAAAAAUCCAUUCGAUGGCUAUUUUUUCUUGUUCAAGUUCUAGACUCCAUAUAAAUUUUUCUUUCAAGGUCAAAAAGUUCAUUUUUUGCUGCCUUUUUGCGCCAAUUCAGCGGCUUUUAUGCACCAUUUCAACAUUUCUUGAGCCUUUCAAGGUCUAGAAAAAAUAGAAAGCUCCAUAAAGAGACCCUUUUUGCUGCCUUUCAGCGGCAUUUUUUGAGCCAAUAUCAUUUUGGGGUUAUUCUCCACCAUUCCGAAUUUGCCCGAGCAGCAAGAACUAUGGAAUUUCUUCCUUUCAUUUCAAUUUCAUCCCAUAUUUUUUUAUCACUCAAAGGAGCCUGAACGGAUCGACAAAGAGUGGAAGCAAAAUGCGGACAAACUCUACCGGCUGGCGGCAGUCGAGUUUGCGGAUUUGCACGAUCGAUGUGAAGCUAUGCUGGCCAAGGGCGCUGUCAAGGUUUCAUACUUUUCCUCUCUUCGAACCAGGAAAUUUUUCAGUACCUCACUACUGUUCAAGCCUCUCGGAAUCUCUUCAUAUGGAUUUUGCGUGUUGAAAUUGUCAAGGUUCAUCUGGUGGAAAGGUCCUUUUUCAUCAUUAUUUUUGGCAUAAAAAGGAAUCUUCAGGUUCCUCCGUCGUCAUCCGAAAUGCCCGCACUCUGAAGCCUACGAGUGGAUCGACGCCAAGGCGAAAAAGGUCUCAGAAUCUGCGACCGACCUGAAAACUGUCUACCGGGCGCUCCAGGAAUACAUUGCCAAAAAGUUUGAAACUGACCUCAAGGCGUCCAGAUUCUAAUUUCCUUGUUCAUAUUACCAUUUCUUUUUCUGUUCCUUGAGAUUUUUAUUGCUAUGCUACUUAGAAAUAUGUGAUUUUUAUUUUCGUUUUUUUCAUUGGGUAAAAAUUGUGCAUAUCAGAAGGUCUCAAUUUUCUUUCAACGUUUUUUUCUCUUUUCUCAGUUCUCAAUAAAGUUUUACAUACUUGAUUAUUUUGUGUUUUUUAUGAAGGUUUGAAAAUUUUCCAAUUUCCUUUUUAUUUUUUUCAAUUGGUCUACGAUGUCUCAAAAAUAAUUAUCUAGAUUUUUUAAACUUGAAGAUUAAUUUUUACUCAAAAGACUGUGAAGACUUUUUUUCAGGUAUCUUUCAAUAUUGUGUACACUUUUUUUGUAUCAAACUUGGAUUUUGAUUAAUUUUUUCAUUCAGAAAAAGCUGUCGUCGAUGUUGGAUCCUACAAUACAAUUCUACAAUAUUUCAACGCCGGAAUUGAAUUUUAUGUGCAGAAAACUCGCAGGUGUGAAAAAUGAAUCAAAAUGCAUUUUUUCGAUGAUUUUGAGCGGUAGCAAUCGAAAAAAGGGUCCUGACACGAUAAUAAAAUAGACAGUGCUUGGUUAGUGGAGAGCGCAGACAAGCCACGCCCCCUGAGCAGCUCAAGUUGGCCGUGAAUCGGCUAUGGACUACUUUAUGAAAAUUGGGGGACCUCAGGAAGUAAAUCUAGUCUGAUUUUUUUUUCCGUGUAUGGAACAAGAUCGGCAAUACGCUGUAUUUCAAUUUAAAAAUGCGUUUUAUGAAUAUUCGGUUGAAAUCAAGGAAAAGUAAGCUUUUUUCAAUGCGAAAUGCAGAAAUAUUGAUGCAUACAGUGGUUCUUGACCACAGAAGAAUUUAUCUGAUGCAGAAGAAGCAAAACAAGCUUCUGAAGCGCCGUCAAAGGCGAAAAUGAUGCUUUGAUCUGAUAGAACAGAUCAAAGCACUAUUUACAUCUUGGUUGUUGGAGAUUUUCAAUCUUCCAAAUGUUGUUGUUGAACAAUUUCACUUCUAUUACGUUUUAAAAUUUCUCUAUCUUUCUUAAAUCUUUUCUGCGGGUUAGGAAGGUUUCCCGAAGAUUUCUUGGGAUCUAGGACCUCUUUAUUAACCCCUACAGGGGCCACUGAAGCUUUCAAAAGUGGGCAUGCUAGACAAUAGGAAUUAUGAACCGAAGAAGCAUUUCCAUGCGAAAAACUAAAAAAAAAAGCUUUUUGAGCAAAAUUGAACGGCCCCUAUAGGGUCCCCUCGAGCUUUAGGGGCCCAGGAGUCAGAUCCCUCUCAAUUUCACCCCUAUAGUGACCAUUCUGGAAUUCUCAAGUUUGAAUACCUUAUGUACAGUUUCAUAAUUUCAAGUUGAUCGAUGCCCGUGGGAAUAUUGAAUUCUGAUUAAAUCAGCCUUUCUGAAAUAAUUAAUAAUUCAUAAAGUAGACUCCUGGUUUCCAAAUGAUCGAAUAUGUAUGUAAACCAAUGGGAAAACUCCUUGAAUUGAUUUUAGAAGGAAUAUUGAAUCGCAAGCGAACAUUUCUCAUUUCCUUUUUCUUCCUAUCUGUAAAUUUUUUAUCUCUUUUGUAACUUUCCGGUGUCAGACAGUAAUAAAAUCGGAAAAUAGUCAACGUCAUGGAUGAUAUCAAUCCGUUGGAAAAGUGGCAAAACAUUUUGAUUUCUUGUUUCGAGUUGUAAAAAAACUUUUUGAUUAGUUUUUUUCUCGCCAGCUGAUCUUUAUACUACUUAUCAGAGGAGAAACGAUAAUAAAGAAUUUUUUGUGAAGUUGAAAAGAAAUUAAAUUUGAAAGGGCCGUGUUUUGAAGAAUUAACAGUUGGAAAUAUAGUUUGAAGGGCUUCCGAGUAGUUUUUAAAAAAAUUAUUUUUAAAAAGGUAUGAUUUUUUUCUUAAUGACGUUUGGUUGUUGCUGAGCUUUCGAGCCUAUUUUUCAAUUUUUUUACAAAACUUUUUUUAAAAUCAAUUUGAAGCUUUUUAAAAUUGUUGGAAAAGAACUUUUUGAAUCCCCAUAAAUAAUUGAACGGAUAAUGGAGGAAGUGAGAGACUUCCGACGAAAACGAACACGUAUCGGCUACCGUACUCCUCCAGGCGCCGAGCCACGCCUCCUUCCACUCAUUCCGACAAGAAAGGCCGGAUUGAUCGGCCCCAUUUUUCCCACUUUAUGUUGUUUUUCAAAUUCUUCGAGACGGAAUUUAAAGUUUACCUCUCCUUCUCUUUCUCAUUCUUGUCCAUGGGAUUCCCCCGUUGUUUUCCUUUUGGAAUAGUUGACUUUCACGUUUUAAGGGUGUUCAUGUUUUGAAUAAGUUAUAAGACUUUGAAAUUGAGAAUCAGAACGAUUUAUUCUACAUCGAAACAUGUACCAGAGUGAAAUAAAUAUCCACAUAUUCAAACAGCUGUCGAACUAUUUUUUUUCCAAUUUAGGUCAUUUUGUGAAACUAACAAGUUCGAUCGGAAGCUUUAAAUGUUCUGUAACACGUUUUAAACCUACUCUGCGAUUCUGGACCAUUAUCCUCGAAAAAUCAAUCUGCGAUCUUUUUUUAAAUCUCUAAAACUAGCGCAAGAUCAAAUUACGCUCUAUAGACAAAUGAAUUUCAAAUAGUUGUCAUCGAAAACUAGAAAAAUGGCUAAUUAGAGCUUUAAACAAGCGAAUCGAGAAGGUACCAUAAUGUGUCCACAAAGGUACCUCUCGAUAUGGGUCGUGAAGGCUCCAUAAAGUGUCCACAGUGAGACCUCCAGCUACCUUUUAGCUAUAUCUGAGCCAUCUCGGAGGUACUUUAGAGUCUCUCUCAAAUAAAAAUAAAUAUUCAAGCCCCACUCAUAUUGCUCAAAGUUCAUAGGCGAAUCGAGAAAGGGUAUCGCGAGACCCUCUGAGGUAUAUCUCAGGGUCUGUAGUCUUACGAUGGUACCUCGAGUAUACCUCUGAGGAUUUUGAGCAAAGAGGGACUUGAGAGAGACUCUAAAGUACCUGUGAGAUGGCUCAGAUGUAGCUAAAAGAUAUGCAUGAGGUCUCACGGUGGGCACAUUAGGGGGUCUUCAAGAUCCAUUUUGAGAGGUACCUUUGUGGACACCUUAUGGUACCUUCUCGAUUCGCCUGUGUCUUCAGAGGUAUAAUCGAGGUACCAUCGUGAGACUUCAGAGCCUGCGAUACACCUCAAAGGGUCUCGCGAUACCCUCGAUUCGCCUAUGUUCCGGAAAGGCAAUCUAGAACAUAGUGUGUUAUAGUCGAGUUUCCCCCUUUCUAGACCGAAAUGUCCCGUUUUUUUUUCAAUAUUUCCAUCAUACCGACGAACCAUCUUCGCCUAUUAGGCCUACAAAAGCAUGAUGUUGUUUUUUUUUCUGCAGAAGGAGGGUUCAACGCCGCCACCGGAACCGUUGCACGUCAUCUGCACUUGAAACACGAACUUGAAGAAGGAGAAGCAGCCGCCCCAUUGACAUCACUGACAGCGCAAAGACCGCGCGUUCGCCCAACAAUUGUCUCCCGCUUCCGCUAG